UUCACGGAAUCGUCUGUCAGAUCGGGCCGGUAAAACAAAGAGAGAAAGAAAGGGGAAGCCUUUGCUGUCCUCCUCCGACUCCUACUACUCCCAGUGCGUCGUGCUCCUGGCCUUCCUCGCGUGCGUCUCUUCCUCCCUGUCAUUCUCCCUCCCUCCCUCCCGGGUCUCCUCCUCCUCCUCUCCCCCAACCACCUGGCCUCUGCGUGCGCGGACUCCAUCCAUGGCCACCGCGCCGUAAUAAGGAUGUUUUAGGCAGACAGGAUCCUGUGGCUUACUGGCUUGCACUUCCCAAACGGGAUCAUGGUUGAGACCAAACGCGAGCCUGCCGGAGAGGGGUUGCCUGAUGGUUGGUUGAAAGAGUACAGGCCUAGAAAGGCUCGGCAUGGAACUAGGGCCAGGAGGGACAAGUUCUACAUUGAUCCUACAAAUAGCUACGAAUUUCGUUCUCUCAAAGAAGUUCACCACUAUCUCGAAUCCCAAGAUACCAAUGAUCGUGUUGUGACGCCAAACAAGAGAAAAAUUGAGGAUCUGCAGGUUUCAGGGAACCAAACUCAACAUUCUGGACGGACAUCAUCAGAGCCCAAGGGUGUCUCCAAAGGGAGGCUGGCUGAAUUGAAGCUUCAGACGGCAAGAGAGAAAGAUCAGCCUCUGAAGCAUGAAUCUGCUAGAGAAGAAGCAAAUGUGGAGCCCAAGGGGAAGAAGGCAAAAACUGAACCUGUGAAACAGAUUGCUGCACCUGUUCGAUGGUCACCUCGUUUGACUGCACUGAAAAGGGAUCAGGAAGCGAAUGAUGUGCAUGCACUUGUCGGCGCGACAGAUACCAAUGAUCAGUUACAACCAGCAAAGCAAGUCAAAAAUCCUAAAUCGAAGGCGCUUUCCUCUUCAGUAAUUCAGAAUAAAGAUGGAGCACAUGCCCCAAGUACUUCUGGAAAUGCUGAAGACAAGUAUCCUUCAGCUCCUGAACAAAUACUAGGAGCAUCUGCUGCAUGCUCGUUAACAGACGUUGGACGCCAGAAUGCGCAUGCUCCGCCGCAACAGAACGGACUUGUCGGAACAGCUGAUGCUAUGCCCGGAUAUUCCCUGUCGUCGCUGUUUCGAAGUAUCUGGUCAGACCCAUGCCUGGAGUUUGCAUUCAGGACUCUUACAGGUGAUAUCCCUGUCCUUGACAACAACCUAGCCGUUGCAAACUACUUCCUUCCACCACAGGACUCGAACAAAGGGACCGUGCCGCCCAAUUGUCCGUCUUCCACUUAUGAUGGCGCUAGGAAGAACCAUGGCCAAGUCGACCGUGUCAGGCUGCCAAUGCCAAUGCCAAAGCCAUCAGAUAAGCUCUACAGCAGUGGCUGGUUCCCUCCCCAGUGAACUCCAUCUGGGAAAUAAGCAACAACUGCCCAAAGUGCAAAUAAGAAGGAAUCCUUAGUUCAGGUCUUACAUAAGCCUCGUAGCGCUCAUCGUUAGGGUACCUCGACAAGGAUGCAUGUUUUAAUAAAGACUGUGUCUUGUUGUAACCGCAGUAGAUGAUCCAUCGCUAAUAUUACCCAUCAUAUGCUAGACUUGAGAGAACUUUUGAAUUUGUCUAGUAAGUUGACUCAGUAGUAACUCUUUUGCUUUGCGGUUAGCGGAUAGAUGUGCCGACAGUACAGAGAAAACCCCCUGAUUUUCAUGGCUGGGGUUUUCACUCUUGUCUGCGAAAAGCCCCUUUCAGCUUAACCACGAAUGCUUGUAAGACAUUUAUGUUAACUGGACUAAGUUAUGGGUGGAUUUGGGCUUC